AUGGCGGCGGAGCUGCUUCCCACCAAGAAGCUGGUGUCUUCGGCCUCGAUCCAGCAGCAGAACCUGAGCAACAACAACCCGGCACCGGGCUGCUGCAGCUGGCAGGGCCUGUACCCCACCAUCCGGGAGAGGAAUUCAGUCAUGUUCAACAAUGAGAUGAUGGCAGACGUUCACUUCGUGGUCGGACCUCCAGGCGCGACGCAGAGGGUCCCGGGUCACAAGUACGUCCUGGCGGUGGGCAGCUCCGUGUUCCACGCCAUGUUCUACGGGGAACUGGCCGAGGACAAGGAGGAGAUCCGGAUCCCGGACGUGGAGCCGCCGUCCUUCCUGGCCAUGCUGAAGUACAUCUACUGCGAUGAGAUCGAGCUGUGCGCCGACACGGUGCUCGCCACGCUCUACGCCGCCAAGAAGUACAUGGUGCCCCACCUGGCGCGCGCCUGCGUGGGCUUCCUGGAGACGAGCCUGAGCGCCAGGAACGCGUGCGUGCUGCUGUCGCAGAGCUGCCUGUUCGAGGAGCCGGACCUGACGCAGCGCUGCUGGGAGGUCAUCGACGCGCAGGCCGAGCUGGCGCUGCGCUCCGACGGCUUCUGCGACAUCGACGCGCAGACGCUGGAGAGCAUCCUGCGCCGCGAGACGCUCAACGCCAAGGAGACGGCGGUGUUCGAGGCGGCGCUGAGCUGGGCCGAGGCCGAGUGCCAGCGCCGCGACCUGCCGCCCACCGUCGACAACAAGCGGCUGGUUCUGGGCAAGGCCGUGUACCUGAUCCGCAUCCCCGCCAUGGCGCUGGAGGACUUCGCCAACGGGGCGGCGCAGUCCGGCGUGCUGACGCUCACCGAGACCAACGACAUCUUCCUGUGGCACACGGCGUCCCGCAAACCGGACCUGCUGUUCUGCACGCGGCCCAGAGCGGGCCUGGCGCCGCAGCGCUGCCACCGCUUCCAGUCCUGCGCCUACCGCAGCAACCAGUGGCGCUACCGCGGCCGCUGCGACAGCAUCCAGUUCGCCGCCGACCGGCGCGUGUUCGUGGCCGGCUUCGGCCUCUACGGCUCCAGCUGCGGCUCGGCGGAGUACGGCGCCCGCAUCGAGCUGAAGCGGCAGGGCGUGGCCGUGGCCCAGCGCCAGGUCAAGUUCUUCUCCGACGGAUCCAGCAGCACCUUCGCCGUCUGGUUCGACUACCCGGUCCAGAUCGAGCCCGACGCCUUCUACACGGCCAGCGCGGUUCUGGACGGCAACGAGCUCAGCUACUUCGGCCAGGAGGGCAUGACGGAGGUCCAGUGCGGGAAAGUCACCUUCCAGUUCCAGUGUUCCUCAGACAGCACCAACGGAACCGGCGUGCAGGGCGGCCAGAUCCCAGAACUCAUCUUCUACGCCUGAGCCGCGCCAGAACCGGGUCUGGUUGGCAGCGGGAAGUCAAGAAACGACCAG